AUGGUAAAGGAACAGUUUAGGGAGACAGACGCUGCCCGGCGAAUGUAAGUUUGCAAUCGGUUGAAUUUGAAACGAUUUAUUUUGCAAGAUAUAUUGCAGUGGUUGGCUAUGGUCAGCCUGGUUGUAGGUUUUCAGAAUUCAGAAUUGGUUAGCUAGCAAGCACGUGUCGUGCAAAUCGCGCUGUUAAUUAAGUAAUUAGGUAGUAAUAACAGACUUAGAAUUUUUCCUUUAGUUGUCAAUUAUUUUUUGUGUUAGUUAAUUAUUAUAUUGUUUGAUUUGUUUCUAUUCUUCCCCCCCCCCCCCGAUUAAAUGUGGUCAAAAUUAUGCGAACCGCCUGUCGUGCAAAACAUGCCAUCUGUCUGUUAUAUCACUGAGACCAUACUGAAAGCAGACUCAGCUGAAAAAGCAUAAUGGCCAACCCUCGAAAUUCAACUAUUUUUGCUUCGGCAAAUAAUUGCCGAAGUCUUUCGAUAAUUUUCGAGUUUGCCUUGGCAAUUUUCUUUGCCGAGGCACACAAUGAAAUCACCUUAAAUGCCUUUGGCAAUUACUUUGGCACCCUUCGGCAUUCACGUCGGCAAUUGUAAUUAAAGUAUGGAAAAUAUUGUAAACAAAUAUUAUACCGAGCGUAGAUUCAGACGUUUGACAAUUUGUUGUUAUUUUACAAAUUCCUGAUUCAAAAUGUUUUUAAAAGGUUAGUGGUAAUUAACAACAAAUAGUAUGAAAGAAUAAACUUGACGGUAAUCACGCGACAGUCUAAAAGAUAAAACAAAGUUUCUCGACGUGCCGUCUUUAAACCAUCAAGAUUGUUCUUUAUUUCAGCCGAAGCAGACCGACGCUGAAAAGCUGAAAUUUAAUAAUAAAAUUUUGUAAAGUAGCUAUGAAUGAAAUCUUCUGUUGUUCACCCAACGUUGAUGACAACAAUUCGAACAAAAAAGUGAUACAAAAACGAACACUGUAGUUUGUAAAUUUAAGCAAAAAAAAAAACGAACAGAUGCUGUAGUUUGUAAUUUAAGGUACAACGGGUGUAAUUGCCUCGGCAUUUUUUUGCCGAGGCAAAUUAUGAAAAAUCGUAACUUGCCUCGGCAUUUGCGCCGAGUGCCGAGGCGAAUUUCGAGGGUUGAAUGGCUGACACACCACGAUUUGUCCUCAAAAUGCACCCGUCGUUUUCUUAGUGAGUGGGCUUACGAGAGGUAUUCGCCAACCUGAACUUCUGCCGUUUUGAAUAUUUUUAGAGAGGGUAUUGCCUCUCAUAAGCGCACUAGCUAGGAACAUAUGGCGACAGCAUUGCAAUGGUUAUGCCAAGCUAAAUAAAUAAAUAAAUAAAGCUAAGACAACAAUUGUGAUUAUUAUUCAUAUUACUUUUUUAACCGUGUUUAUCCUAACCCACCCUGUCAACUUUCCCUGUGGGAGGAAACCGGAGCACCCGGAGAAAACCCACGACUUUCGGCAGAGCGUUGACUGACUCUUUUCACAUGAGUCCAUGGUGAGAAUCGGACCCACAAACUCAGAAGUGAAAGGGACGAAAGGCAUUUGCUGUGAUGACUAUGCCACCAAUGAAGCCCCAUCUAAAAUAUGUGCAAGAUCUGAAUAGACGUGCACACUAAAAUUUUGAUGGAUUAUCCAUCUGUUUUUGCUGCAUUUCUAGAAGCCAUCUUGAGUUUGGCAUAUUCUCGCCAUCUCACAUGCAACAGAAUUCUCAGAUCCAGUGCGUCAGUAAGAAUCUGUAUACGCCAGAAAAUGCUAGAAAGCCCGCACUUUUUGGAGUACUUGAUCCGCAGCUG